UGGGGGUUUAGGGUUCUUGUAUCUGAAUUUGUCGAGAUAACAACCAAAAGAAAGAAAGAAAGAAAGAAAGAAAUGGGGAGUCUUGUAAAGGUGUAUUGCCACAACAGCAUCCCCUUUCACCAUUACCGACCUUCCAACCUUCAGACCCAUAUUUCCCUCUUCGCCAUCACUUGUCCUUCCGUUUCUUCACCUGACCCUCCUCCUCACACCAUCAAACAUCCCCUCCAAUUCGGCGGCCACUUGGUCAUCCCCACCAUCGCUGUCGCCGCCUCCGCCUGGUUCUUCUUCCGCCUCCACCAAUACCCUCCGAUCAUCACCUCCCCCGUUGAUUUUCAGCUCGAACUGGAGGAAGACGGUGCUAUCAGAGAGCUUCCCCUUGACCACAAGCCUUCUUCUGUCAAAGCUCUCCACUUUUACAAAGUCAAGCCAGGUACGGUCUUGAAACUCCUGGACGUUUACGACUCCCAUAACUACGACUCCUUGAAAGCCCGGAUUCGUUUAUCCGCCGAGUGGUUGGAAGCUGCCAGGAGACAACUGGAAGAGCUGGUCGAGAGGGACCCCGGUCGGGUCAUGGAGUAUUCCCAGGUGGUCGAUGACCUCAUGGAGAUCCUCAGGGAUAUGGACCUUUACAUCGAUAAGUGCCAAAAGGACAACGUCAAGGGUUACCUUCGCUCCUGCAACCGAUUGCUUGCUCGUGUUAGGAGAAUGGAAGCUCAGAUUCUCAAUGUCCUCAAAGAGUUUCACCAGGACCAAGGUGGUGGACAAGACCCUUAACUCUUUUUAAUGCUCUUUUGCUUCUCUGUUCUAUAUCUAAUGCUCGAUUACAAUGGUAAAUAUCUAAACUCUCCAAUUUCUUAUGCUUGUCUUCUGACCCCGAGAUUUUGCUUGGUUUUCCAUAAUUCAUAACGUGAGCUAUGUUUUAGUGUUAGUGGACAAAUUGUUCUUAUCACAAAUAUCAUGAUUCAAGCCCACUGUUUUUGUUUAGUUACCUUGUUGUAAUGAAUCUUGCAUACAUCCA